GGUUCGUGAUUCUGUCCAACAAGGACGGCCGUUAACCAAUAUUCUAAAUUCGCGUUUGCCGGUUGGUGUUAAAUUCUGUUCUUCUCGACCGUGCCGAGGGACGUCUUGAGGAGUCUGAACAACUCUAUUCUCCUUUGGCACGCGAGAUGUGCUUCUGAGGGUAUAUUGUUGUUCGAUCGGUCAACAACAUGUAUUACGAGAACAUGUGGUUAUGGUCUAUUUGCAUCGGUGCUAGCCUUCUCGACAGUUCGCUGGCAUGGCCUGUCUCGAAUUUUGGGUCUUCACUUCGGCGCCAGACAAGCUCCACGAGUACGGGAAGCGAUAUCUUGACGGUCUUGAAGAACGUUGCAGACAACCCGUCUGUUUCAGGGAACAAUACGUCAGAAACAGCCGCCAAUAUCUUGUCGGGACUGCAAGGGAACUCCAAUGGGAAUAACACGCAAUCAAUCAAAGUUGCCUUGGACGCCAUCGCAGAAAUCUUCUCGAGUGGCAUUGAGGAUAUCGCGCAGGCUUCGGACGAGCUUAUCGCCAAGGGACUAAUCCCCAGCGACAUCUUUGACCUUCUCAAUGGCUAUGCUGAUUUCUCUCUGAACUCAAUCAGCAACGUGAACACCAGAUCCCCGAGCUCUACUAUCUACCCAUCGAAGUCAUCGGAUGACGCGCCAUACUCCCUUGACGAGAAUACUCUCCGUGGAGCAAUCUAUAUUCCUCCUUCAUUCUCCUACGGAGCUAAUGGGAAGAAGCCAAUUAUUCUCGUUCCUGGCACUGCUGUACCUGCUGGAACAACUUAUUAUUUCAGUUUCAGCAAGAUCAACGAAGCAGCGAACGUGGACCCUGUCUGGGUGAACAUCCCAUCAGCUUCGCUUGGGGACGCUCAGGUGAACUCGGAGUAUGUUGCGUAUGCGAUCAAUUAUAUCUCUGAUGUUUCAUCGUCCAACGUCACGGUGCUAUCCUGGUCUCAAGGUGGGCUCGACACUCAAUGGGCAUUGAAGUACUGGCCCUCAACUCGGGAUGCGGUAGAGGAUUUCAUUGCCAUCAGUCCAGACUUCCACGGCACAAUCAUUCAGGCUCUCGUCUGUCCUGGAUUCCCAUCAUAUCCUUGUACGCCGUCGAUCUGGCAACAAGGAUGGGAUGCAAACUUCAUCAAGACUCUCAGGGAUGACGAUGGUGACUCGGCCUAUGUCCCCACGACAACCCUCUACUCCACCUACGACGAGAUUGUACAACCGAUGAGCGGUCCUUCCGCAUCCGCAUUUCUCUCAGACGCCAGGGACGUCGGUGUGACGAAUAAUCAUCUCCAAACAAUAUGUGCAAAUCAGCCAGCAGGCGGCUACUACACGCACGAAGGUGUGCUGUAUAAUCCUCUAGCAUGGGCGUUGGCGGUGGAUGCAAUCAACAAUGAUGGACCGGGAGAUCCAUCGCGAUUGAACUUGAGCGAAAUUUGCAGCCGGAGUAUCCCACCUCAGUUGCAGCUGGACGACGUGUUGGGCACAGAGGGACUCUUGCUGGUUGCCCUGGUGGAGAUCUUGGGCUAUGGUAAUCGCGCGACUAGUGAGCCACCGACUGUGAGCUAUGCUCAGUGACUGGCAGGUUUUGUUGAGACGUUCAAGGAGUAAUAUAUAAGCGAUGUGGUGUAAAUAAUGUUGCGUUGGCGAGGUAGAUAUUCAAGUUCAAC